GCCGAGAAGAAGUUCAAGACGAAGGAGCUCUCCGCGCGGACUGGUAGGUGGAGAUGUGAGUAGUGAGAAGAAAAAGGAUUCACUUCUCUCUCUUUGUGUAUGUGAAAUUAUCCCGACGCAAUUAAGUACUCAGCCCCAAUUCGGAGUUGGCGAGGAAUACCUCACGGACGCCUGAUAUGUCCUCGUCCUCCAGCUCCGGUUCCGACUCUGACUCUGGCUCAUCGGCCUCCGGCGAAGAGCCUCGCGCGGAGCUCAAUUCCCAACCGAUGGAAGAGCAGCUCGGUUCCUUAACUGUCUCUGAAGAGCUGGAAGCCGCAGAUGGCAUCACCAAUGGAUCAGCAGCUGAGGACCGUGCUGCUGAGAGUCACGGCGACGGCGAGGAGAGUAAAAUCCCUGACGGAGAGAGGAAUGCGGUGCAAAGCAACGAUCCGGCUCCUGAGAUGGCAGUGGAAGGAGACGAGGGAUUUGUUGGAGAUGCCGCAGUUCUCCUGGAAUCUGGGGCUGCUGCUAUUGGUAAUGGCGCUGGAGAGAGUGAAAGAAGCUUUAAUCGGGAUAUGAAUGCCGUGGCGGUCCACAGUUCUGUUCCUGAGAUAGCAGAGGCGGGAGAGGAGGAGCCUGCUGGAGAGGCUAGUCCUAUGCGGAGUAGUGACUCGACCAUGGAUCGUAAAACAGAGAUAGGUGGAGCUGUCAAUCACAGUGGUGAGAGUAAAAGCUACGGCGGAGAGAUGUACGUUCCGGAGGAAAAUGAUUUAGCUCCUGAGCUUGUGGUGGCGGGAGAGGAGUGCGAUCGAGAAGCUCAGGCGAUGUGGAGGAGCAACUCGACUUCAGAGCUGGACGUUGAGAGGCGGUCAAGCCCUAGCAGCAGCGGGUAUGCAGGCGAGAGAGGGAGCAGUGGUGCCAGUAGUGCCUCUGCGGAGACUGAAGAAGAUGAGAUACAGGAAGACAAUCGUUCUGCAAAUGGUCUCUACGAUUCUCAGGCAGCUUGGGUUCCUGGAAAACGGCAUGUUGACGAGGAUGAUGCUUCAGUUUCAUGGAGGAAGAGAAAGAAACACUUUUUUGUUCUCAGUCACUCUGGCAAACCAAUAUACUCAAGGUAUGGAGAUGAGCAUAAGCUGGCAGGGUUUUCAGCAACACUGCACGCCAUUAUUUCCUUUGUGGAAAAUGGGGGAGACUCUGUCAAACUGGUUAGAGCAGGAAGACACCAGGUGGUUUUUCUUGUGAAGGGGCCAAUUUACUUGGUUUGUAUCAGCUGCACUGAGGAACCCUAUGAUUCUCUUAGAGGGCAGUUGGAACUUAUAUAUGGUCAGAUGAUACUUAUAUUAACAAAGUCAGUAAAUAGAUGUUUUGAGAAGAACCCGAAGUUUGAUAUGACACCUCUUCUUGGAGGAACAGAUGUUGUGUUCUCUUCCCUUAUCCAUUCCUUUAGUUGGAACCCAGCUACCUUUCUUCAUGCGUAUACAUGUCUUCCACUUUCUUAUGCGACAAGGCAAGCUGCGGGUGCUAUCCUGCAAGAUGUGGCCGACUCUGGUGUCUUAUUUGCAAUAUUAAUGUGUAGGCACAAGGUGGUCAGUCUUGUUGGUGCACAGAAAGCUUCUCUGCAUCCCGAUGAUAUGCUGCUACUUGCUAAUUUUGUCACCUCAUCAGAAUCAUUUAGGUCAUCUGAGUGCUUUUCACCCAUUUGCCUCCCAAGAUAUAAUCCUAUGGCGUUUCUGUAUGCUUAUGUGCAUUAUCUUGAUGUUGAAACAUACUUGAUGUUACUCACUACUCGUUCAGAUGCUUUCUUCCACCUAAAGGAUUGUAGGAUGCGUAUUGAAAAUGUCCUGCUGAAAUCAAAUGUUCUAAGCGAAGUGCAAAGGUCGAUACUAGAUGGUGGGAUGCGUGUUGAAGACUUACCCAUUGAUCCAGUGCCUCGCUCUCGGUCUUUAUUCCCCCAUUUAGGGCAUCUUAAUCCCCAUACCGAUUCUCAGCAGAGUCUUAAAGGAGCGCAUGCAGGCAUAGGUGGUCCGGCAGGGUUGUGGCAUUUCAUAUAUCGGAGUAUAUUCUUGGAUCAGUAUGUGUCUUCAGAGUUUUCACCACCGAUCAACACUCUGCGACAGCAAAAAAGACUGUAUAGGGCUUACCAAAAGAUGUAUGCGUCGAUGCAUGAUAAAGGAAAGGAGCCUCAUAAAACUCAGUUCAGAAGAGAUGAAAACUAUGUUCUCCUCUGCUGGAUUACCCAGGAUUUUGAACUUUAUGCGGCAUUUGAUCCACUUGCAGAUAAGGCCUUGGCCAUAAAGACGUGCAAUCGGGUCUGUCAGUGGGUGAAGGAUGUCGAAAACGAGAUCUUUUUGCUGGGAGCAAGCCCCUUUGCAUGGUGAACUUCCAACCGAAGCACACACUGUAACUAAAACCUGUACUCUAGCUUUCCUUUAUAUCAUAGCCUAAUAAAAGUCCAUUCCUCCAUAUCUUCUCGUCCCCGUUUCCUUGAUGAGCAGGCCGUAGCUUUUACCCUGCACGGCCUUAGUUUUUGACAUAGAAAGUAAUCGGCAAUGGCAGGAAACGAUUUAUGGACCUGUUUGGGACCAUCUGUUCUUUUUUGUUAUGUUUUUUAUAUUUACAUCAGAUGAGUUGGAGCACGACCUAGUCGAAAGUAGUUCAUUUUAUGCAUAGCAAAUAUCUUUUUUAUUUUUUUUUCCUCUGGGACUGGACAAUAUUGUAUCUUCAAACAUUCUCAAGUAUUUAAGAUCGGGCACUUGUCUA